UUUUUGUGUUGAAUGCGUUACGCUUCUCAUGAAAAAGUAAUUUCUAUGAUCGAAAAAUAAGUCAGACACUAAAUUUUAUAAUAAUAAACAAGUAACUGCAAAGCUCUUUCGCUUACUAUAAAAAUAAUGUACAUUACAUUAUUUGAACAAUUCAAGGCAUGUUAUUGUUAGGCGACAUACAGUUGACCAAACGUUUAGUAGUGAUAGCAUUAAUUCUUGGCGUUAUAUUGGUUUUAAAAGAAUACGUUUUCGUUUUACCGCAAUGACUCCACACAGGGUUGCAUAUUUUUACAACCCUGACGUGGGAAACUUCCACUAUGGUCCUGGGCACCCGAUGAAACCGCAUAGGCUAUCCGUUACUCAUAGCCUAGUGUUAAACUAUGGUCUUCACAAAAAGAUGCAGAUAUACAGGCCUUAUAGAGCAAGCGCGCAUGAUAUGUGUAGAUUCCACAGUGAAGAUUACAUUGAAUUUCUCCAAAAUGUAACUCCUCAGAAUAUACAAACUUAUUCAAAAGAUUUACUCCACUACAAUGUUGGUGAUGAUUGCCCAGUAUUUGAAGGUCUCUUUGACUUCUGUUCAAUGUAUACAGGAGCAUCUUUAGAAGGUGCUAUGAAGUUGAACAACAAUGCCUGUGACAUUGCUAUCAAUUGGUCCGGAGGGUUGCAUCAUGCUAAAAAGUUUGAACCAUCAGGGUUUUGCUACGUAAAUGAUAUUGUGAUAGCAAUAUUGGAACUAUUGAAAUACCAUCCCAGAGUGUUGUAUAUUGACAUUGAUGUACACCAUGGGGAUGGUGUUCAGGAAGCAUUUUACUUGACAGAUAGAGUAAUGACUGUGAGCUUCCACAAGUAUGGAAACUACUUCUUCCCUGGCACUGGAGAUAUGUACGAGAUUGGUGCUGAAAGUGGAAGGUACUUUUCUGUGAAUGUACCGCUAAAAGAGGGUAUUGAUGAUCAGAGCUAUGUUCAAGUAUUUAAACCAGUGAUAUCAAAUGUAAUGGAGUUCUACAGGCCAACUGCGAUAGUCCUACAGUGUGGUGCUGACUCGUUAGCGGGAGAUCGUCUUGGAUGCUUUUCACUAUCAACUCGCGGCCACGGGGAAUGUGUUAAGUUUGUGAAGAACCUAAAUGUGCCUACAUUAGUUGUUGGAGGAGGAGGGUACACACUGCGUAAUGUCGCCCGAUGCUGGACAUUCGAAACAUCGCUUUUGGUGGAUGAGAACAUUUCAGAUGAGCUUCCUUAUACAGAGUACCUUGAAUUUUUCGCUCCUGACUUUCAGUUGCAUCCUGACAUAAACAGUACAUCGAAUGCUAACAGCAAACAGUAUUUGGAAGCUAUUACAAAACAUGUUUACGACAAUCUAAAGAUGUGCCAACAUUCACCUGCAGUCCAAAUGACACAUAUACCAGGUGACUUCCUACCUGAAGAAUAUAGAAUAAAGGAGGAACCAGAUCCAGACAUCCGUAUAAGUCAAGAAGAGGCAGACAAAAUGGUUGAACCUAAGAAUGAAUUCUUUGAUGAUGAGAAAGAUAAUGACAAGGAAACUGUGCUAGAGACUAAGGAACCAUAGCAUACGGAGGAAGUGGCUGCAAAGACGCCCACUUGACAUGAACUUGCUUUUAAAAAAUAUAAAAAAAAGUUUAUAUUUUGAGCUCGGUAGACAUUUUGUUUUGUGAUAAUGACAGUGAGAAACAGAAGUGUAUAAGUGUUUUUGAGACUAUAGCGCCUACAUCGCAGAAUUGUUUAAGGUCUAUCACAAACCACUGGGUCAUAUCGCGAGUAGUAUUAUAGGAGGACUUUUGCAAUUUAAUGUGUUGCAUAUAUUUCAUUAUGCAUCAGGUGCCUUACAAUUUAAGCAAUAGUAAAAAGUAAUUAGUUAUAAUUAGUACGUAGAAGAAUCUUAAGCUAUGUGCUCUUGUUUUAUUCGAGAAUAUGUAUAUAGCUGCUUGAACUUUAAUAUUAUGUAGGCGCAAUGCUAGCUCUAGUAUAAAUUAUUUAUAGUGGAAGUCAAUAAGAGUACAGUAAUCCAAAAUGGUUGUAUGUUCUGAGCUCUGUCACAGAGUAUACUCACUUUUUCUACUUUCUAAAACAGUGAAAAAAUAAUAUUAAAAAAAAUGUUGAUGAAAAUGAUCGAGACACGUGUCGUGAGAUUUUUUGUUGUAUGUUUGUUUUUUAAUAUUUCUCAGAGUUACUGGGAAAUAGAAGAAAGCCUGGCGAUGAACCACAAUUAAAAAAAUCAUCGUGAAUAAAUUGUUAUUCAAUUUAAUUAUUUUAUGGCGCGCUGGAGAUAUCUUGGGAACUGCUAUUCAGAUCAAUAUAAUAAACAGAUAUACAUUAAACUAAAUUGUUUCCAGUGUUGUUAUAAUAUGCAGAUACCUUCAGAGAAUCAAAUCCGAGUAUUAAGAAUAGUUAGCAAACUACUUGUAAGAUUAUGAUAAAAAAUUUCACUGACUGUAUUUGCCCACUGGCCGCAUAUCUAAUGCUGUAAUAGGUAUGAAACACAUAAAGACAUAAUAUGAAUACACAUUAGAAUAUGUAUAAUUCAAUAAAAUACAAUAUAUUAUAUUUAAGGUUUAAUUACUGUUAUUCCAUGGUAAUGCAGCAUGGAAACAGUGAUAGACAAGUAGGUAGGAGCUCGACUUUACUUUCCAAGGAUUCGAGUUCGAAUCCCAACACGCACCUCUAACUUAAGUGUGUUUUAAGGAUUUAAAAUGAAAGAAAACAU